UCCUUUCUUUUUCCUUUUCCUUUAACUGUUUAAAAUAAAUCAAUAAAACUAAUCUUUAGCUUAACUAAUGACUAGCAUUAAUGUCCAAUAGAUCAACCCCAACUCCUAUCUAUCAAUUAAUUGUAACCCAUUUGUAAUGAUGUUCUCUUCCAUAGAUUGUGAGUAUGGGCCCUAUAUGUGUAUAUAUAUAUGUAGAGAGAGAGAGAGAGAUGGAGUGGAGUAAAGACAAAUGGAUUGGAUAGGAGAGAGGUAGCAGGAACAUAUUCUUGUCAUAUCUUCCUCUUCUUCCUCUUCUUUGCCAUGAAAGGCAAGUAAAGCAGGCAGGCAGGCAGGCACAAAUGGCUGCUCUGCUGCUGCAUUGCCUCUAUAAAGUAAGACAAGGAACGGUCCACUCUCCUCUCCUCAUGCGGUGCAAAUCCAGUAUCCUCAUAAUCAGUGUGCUCUUCUUCCUUGGGGUGGUGGUGGUUUGGGGGCAGGCACAAGCUCAAGCUCAAGCUCAAGCUCCCAUGGAUUGGACAGAGAAAGAGGCUCUCUACUCACUUAUACAGGGACUGUUGGGUGAGGAGUGGAACGGCUCCCACCUUUACCCUGACCCUUGUGGCUGGACUCCCAUCCAAGGUGUCUCUUGUGACCUCCUCACCACUCAGCAGCAGCAGCAGCAGCAGCAGCAGCAGCAGCAGCUUUGGUAUGUGACCUCCCUCAGCAUUGGACCCAUCCAUGAAAACUCCCUUCGAUGCCACCCCACGGCCCCCCACCUGCGUACCCGUGCUCUCUCCCGCCUUGCCCAUCUCCGCUCCCUCUCCAUCUUCUCUUGCUUCUUCUCUCUCAAACAAAGCUCGCCUCCUCUCGUGCUCCCCACUUCUGCUGCCGACUGGCCACCCAACCUCGAGUUCCUCCAAUUCCGUCACAACCCCAGCCUCAAUGGCCCCAUUCCCGCGGUCCUCGGCUCACUCACGAAGCUCCGGUCUCUUGUUCUCGAGGACAACUACCUCACUGGCCCCAUUCCUGCUGGCCUUGGGGACCAUCUACCCGCUCUGCAGAGGCUGGUCCUCUCAGGCAAUGCACUCACCGGAGCCAUCCCCACCUCUCUGUCUCAGUGCAAACAGCUCCUCAUCCUUGACCUCAGCUUCAACAACCUGUCUCUCUUAGGGGAUCCAACCUCCCUCCCUGGGUCCCUGCUUAAGCUUGAUCUGAGCCACAAUCUCCUCGACACACCAUUGCUGGAAUUCAACCUCGGUGUCCUGUCGAGCCUCACCCUGCUUGACAUGCGUGGAAACCGCAUCACUGGAGGCCUUCCCGCAUCGCUCUCUGGGAUGCAGUCGGUGAGGGAGAUGAUGCUGGGCAACAACCCCAUUGGGGGCUUGCUCGACAUGGUUCCAUGGGGGGAGUUCCAGGAGCUCGAGACUCUCGACCUCUCAAAUUCAGGCUAUACAGGCGACAUCCCAGAAUCGCUUUUCCGGCUAAAGAAGCUCAGGUUUCUGGGGCUACAGAACAACAGCCUCACUGGUGGAGUGCCAGGGAAGCUCCUAGUAGAGAUGCCGAGCAUGAGCAGGCUCUAUCUCAAUGGCAACAACCUCUCCGGGCCUCUUGAAUUGCCUGUUGCUUUUUACAAGAGAAUGGGUGGAAGCUUUGUGAUUUGGGACAACCCCGGCCUCUGUUAUUACCCUCCUCCUCUCCCUAUUAACAAUAACAUCCAACUCAUUAUGCAGCCUCUUGGAUUGAAGUGUUGCCCUGUUUCUCCUGCUCAAACAUUACCAGAUGCUUCUUCUUCUUCCUCCUCUUAUGCCUAUGGGUUGGGCAAUGCUUCAUCAUCUUCUUCAUAUGAUAUGUCAAGUAGUUGUAGUGGUAUUACAAGUUUGCUGCAGCAGCUUCAGCUUUUAAUGGUGACAUCUACUGCUCUGCUAAUCUUGUUGGGUGGAACUAUGGAUAUUGUGCGGGCAGGUUGUAGAAUAUUGUGAUCUUUUCCUUUUUGUUUUGAGAGCUUAAACUGUCAGUUGAACCUGAACCCACCUCACCUCCUUCCAUAUUUUUCUUCUCUAUUUUUGCUUAGCUGACAUUUUGUGUAACACAACCACACUGCUCUCUGUGCUGGUUGGUUUAGGGGGUUGGAGGGCCAGAACCAGAAAGGAAUAGGAAGGAAUCUUUACUGUA